AUGAGCUUCUCAUAUGGCAUCGACCAUCUCGAACCAGCUUUCCCAGACCGAUCUGUCCCUUACAUAACCUAUGGUUUGCACUUCGAUGAAGCAGCCGCCUAUCACAUCACCAACACGCUCCACGCGAGCCGCGUAUAUAUUAUCGCCUCAAAUUCGCUUUCCAAAAACACGUCAGCAUUGAAACGCCUGCAGAAUGCACUCGGUGACAAGGUCGUCGGUCUGCGUGUCGGAAUAACACCGCACACGCACUGGAAUCAGGUCCUCGAAAUUGCACAGGAUGCAGCCCCGAAGAAUCCAGACUGCAUUGUCACGCUGGGCGCUGGAUCACUAACUGACGCGGCCAAAGUGAUUGCGUGGAUGCUCGCCAAUGAUAUCACUUCGUCCGAAGGAAUGGAAAAGUUGCUGGUGUCCGGUAAGGACUUCAAGGACCCAGUCAUCCGCCAAGUAGCAAUCCCAACAAGUCUGUCUGGCGGUGAAUACCAAUCCAUCGCUGGGGUGACAAGGGAUGAUGGCAGCAAUCAGAAAUGCCUCUUUGAACCACCGACGCGGAAUCCCAGCCUUGUGAUUUUGGAUCCAGAAUUGACGGUGACUACACCGGAACGGAUCUGGUUGAGCACGGGCGUCAGAGCGGUGGACCACUGCGUCGAGACUCUUUGCAGUCUGCUUUCGAAUGAAAAGGGCGACGCCGAGGCCGAGAAGGGCUUAUUAAGACUGGUACCUGCCUUAGUCCGCACACAUAAGAACCCCAAUGACCUGGACGCGAGGUUUGAAACCAUGAGAGGCGUGAUCGAGGCCAUGAACGCAGUGGGCAGUGGUGUGCCUCUCGGAGCAAGUCAUGCAAUCGGUCACCAGCUGGGGCCGUUGGGUGUAGGUCACGGUGAAACUAGUUGCAUCAUGUUACCGGCUGUUUGCAAGUGGAAUGAGAAGGUCGGUGCAAAUGUCGAAAAGCAGGCAGAUUGCAAGAAGGUAUUACUUCGGUCUCCCAUUGUGCGUCAACUGUUGGAAGCAAGAUACGGCACUGAGCAAUCCAACAUUGACAAGCUUGACCUGGGGGAUAUUCUGGAUGUGAUCUUCCGAGAGAUGGGCAUGCCGCGGACUCUCAAGGACGUGGGAAUCGGCCGAGACAAGAUGGAUGGGUUGGCAGAGAAUAGUCUCAAGGAUCACUGGAUUAAGACGAAUGCAAAGCCCAUCACCGAGAAGGAGCAAGUGAUGGAAAUCCUUGAGAUGGUGGUGGGAUGA